AUGACCGUCAUAAGUGAAAUAACCCAUAAGUAUACAAACUCCGCUCUCGGCGCAAGCCCCUCACCCGCACCUCAACCACAUCUAACCUCCGGUCGUAGACAUUCGCAGACACAACACCCCAAAUUAGCACCCAUCCCGUCCCUCCCAUUAUUCCUCGCAGCAAAGGAGUAUGCGCAAAAUAAUGACCAGAAAAUUGCCGUCAUCGACACGACAAAGAACCAGCAAUUUACCUUCCGACAGCUCCUUGCCGAUGCGGCGGCGCUAAAGAAGCUGAUACUUGAGCAAUUGAAGCUCGUCGACGCGGGGGAAUUGGAAGAAAGACGCAUUGCCUUUCUCACUCCCAACGGAUAUGACUAUGUAGCGACGCAGUGGGCCGUUUGGGCGGCGGGGGGAGUCUGUGUGCCAUUAUGCACCACGCACCCUGUGAAAGAACUGCUCUAUACAAUUGGCGACUCAGAUCCGUCAUUGAUCAUCUUGCAUCCAACAUUCGCACACUUCGAAACACCCCUGCGCGAAGGAACAAAGGAUGCCAUCCCGUUCAUGGCUCUAAGCCCGUUUACGCAAAGUGCCGUGCCGACGUCUAUCCAAUUACCUCGGUUCAGUUCUCAGUGUCCUCUGGACGGGCGCGCACUAAUGAUCUAUACGUCGGGCACGACCUCUAGUCCCAAAGGGUGCGUGACCACGCAUAGGAAUAUCACUUUCCAAGCCCAAUGUCUCGUCAAGGCGUGGAAAUAUACGCCCUCGGACCACCUCAUCCAUGUCCUGCCCUUGCACCACGUGCAUGGUAUUAUCAAUGGCUUAACAGCUAGCUUCUUAAGUGGUGUGACGGUUGAGAUGCAUCCUAAGUUCGAUCCCAAGACUAUCUGGUCCCGCUGGCAGGACCGGGGUUCCUCAACCAUGUUCAUGGCUGUGCCAACCAUCUACUCCCGUCUCGUGGACUACUUUGAGACCUAUAUCCGUGGUACAGAGUAUGAAGCCGUAGCGCGUGACGGAGCCCGUGCUCUGCGACUUGUGGUUAGCGGCUCGGCGGCACUGCCAACGCCGAUUAAGACGAAAUUCGCUGAGAUCACUGGUCAGACGCUCCUCGAGCGGUAUGGCAUGACUGAAAUUGGCAUGGCCAUUAGCUGCGGACUGGAGGUCGAGAAGCGAAUCGAUGGAAGUGUCGGCUGGCCUCUUCCUGGCGUCCAGGUACGACUAACCAAUAAAGAAACCGGACAGGUAGUCGAAGCGGCGGACGAGGACGGUCAGAUUGAGAUCAAGGGAGACAACGUCUUCCUGGAGUACUGGCGUCGGCCUGAGGCCACGGCCAAAGAAUUCACCACAGACGGCUGGUUCAAGACCGGGGACGUUGCCAGGCAAGAUGCAUCUGGCGCAUAUUUUAUCCAAGGUCGAGCAUCCGUCGACCUGAUCAAAUCAGGCGGGUUUAAGAUCUCCGCGCUCGAGGUGGAGCGGAAGAUGCUAGGAUUAGACGCUGUCCAGGAAGUUGCGGUAGUCGGACUGGCCGAUGAGGAGUGGGGACAGCGGGUCGCUGCUGUCGUCAAACAACGACCUGGAACCGAACCCCUAGAGCUCCAGGGCCUCCGCACGCAACUUAAGCAGGAAAUGGCCCCAUACAAGAUCCCCACCAUCCUCAAGCUCGUCGAGAGCAUCGAACGCAACGCAAUGGGCAAGGUAAACAAGAAGACGAUCGUGCAAAAGUACUGGCCCGACCAGGCCUAA